AUGCUUUCAACUGAGGAAAUAAAUGAAACUAUUACGAAACCAACAUUAGAAGGAAGUGAUGGAGCAUCUGUUAGAGAAGAAGAUGAAUUAGAGGAAUUACCAGCAGCAGUUAUUACUGAUGAAAAUGAUGAAAAAACGUCUGCUGAUUUAACUAAUUUAAAACAAUCGAAUCUACCAACAAAUUUAAAAACAUCAAGUACUGCAUUACGUAGUGAUGCUAAACGUGUACGAAUCAAUCAACCACGUGAAUCCUUAUCAAAUUCAAAUAAUGUUGUAAUGAAACGUGAUCCAGUUGUUGAAUCUAUAAUUGAAUCACGAAAACUAUCUCUUAUUGAUAAUUCUUAUACACGUUUAGCACAAUCAAGUAGACCACCACAACGGUCGAGUACAUUUGAUAUGCGCCCUCCGACAAGAGAAUCAGAAAGUGCAAAAAAAGAGAGAGUAGUAAGUUCACAAAGUGAAAAAAAAGUAACAUUACCAGUAACAAUCGAUUAUGAUGUUGAAGGAUGGGAUGAAGGAUUAACUGAAGAGAUUGAAAAAGAUAAUAUUUCACAAUCAGAUAAAUCAUGUGUACAAUUAUAUGAUGAAAUAUGUAAACGUUUAAAUAUUUGUCCAUGUUCAAUUAUUUUACGAUCAUUAAAUACAACAAAAAUUAAUUUAGGAAACUAUGGACUAGGACCAAGAGGAUGUGUACCAUUAGUAGUUGGUCUUAUUCGUAAUACAACAGUUAUAUCAUUAAAUUUAUCGGGAAAUAAUAUUGGUAGUGCGGGAAUGUCACAUAUCUAUCAAAUUAUUACAGAAAAUGCAUAUAUUGAAGAAUAUGAUCUUUCAUUUAAUGAUCUUGGUACAAAAGGUAGUCGAAAAGUAGCAACUGCUGUUUCUAAUUGUAGUCAAUUGAAAACAUUGAAUGUAGCUGGAAAUGGAUUAACUUCUAAUGAUAUUAUGCUUUUACUUUCAAAAUUAGAGGAUCUUUCAUAUCUUAGAAAUCUUAAUAUAAGUCAUAAUGAAUUGGAUGAAGAAGGUGGAAAAUUUGUUGCUAAUUGGCUAGGUGAAAAUCAUCUCUUAGCUAAAUUUGAUGCUAGUUGGUGUAGUAUUCGUUUAUCAGCUGCGAAAGAAAUGGCUAAAGCAAUUGGUGAAAAUAAUCGAUUAGAAUCACUUGAUUUAUCACAUAAUGGUUUUUCAAAUGAUACACUCGGAUCUAUAACAAGUUCUCUAUCAUCUAAUUCAGCAUUAACUGAAUUAAAUUUACGUGGUAGUCAUUUUGUAUGUAGACACGAAGGAACAGAUAAAUAUAAACCAGAUAGAUUAAUUACUGGUAAAGAUUGUCAAUUAUAUGAUAUGCUUGUUGCUGCUGCUACAAAUCAAUCAUUAAAAAUAUUUCGAUUAGGAGAAGAUCAUAUUGAUCAACGUUGCUUACCGAUUAUAUUAGAAGCUUUAUCUAAAGUAGAAAAUAUUACAUUAGAAGAAUUAGAUCUAACUGGUAUAAUGACAGAUUAUAAGUUAAUAGAGAAAUGUCAUUUAUUAUUUGUAAAUCAUCCGAAAUUAAAAGUUUAUGUUGGACCCGUUAGACAAACAAUAGAAUAUUUUACAAAUAAUCUUCGAAAUUUAAUACGUGCAUAUUCCAUCGAAAAUGAAAUAAAUUUACCUGAUAUAUUCAGUCCAAGUGAAGAUAUGACUACGACAGCAACAUCAAUUACUUACGAACAAUUUCUUGAUGGAUUAAGAAAAGCAAAAAUUCCAUUUCCAAUAGCACUUAUCAAUGAUAUCAUCAAAUAUUUGGGUCAAGAUAGCGAAGAAGGAUCAAUUUCUAUUAGCAACAAUUUAAUGUGCAAUCAAAAUCAGGUACCAAAAAAUCUUCCAUUAAAAAAACGUCGAGCAUAUGUUAUUGAUACAUCCACGAAUAAUGUUAAUAGUACAAAUGGUGAUCGAGAUGAAAAUUAUUCAAAUCAUUCGCCAUCAUCGAUAAAACAGUCGUAUCCACAAGAAGAUCCACUGCAAAUUCAUCUCCCACCGAUGAUUACUACAACAACACCACCAUCAUCGCCACAUAUAGAAUUAUUACGUCAACAAUAUGCAUAUUUACAUGCUAGUUCACCUAAUGCUCAACAUCAAAAUUUAUAUCCGCCAUCAAAUUUUGAAUAUCUUAUGGCACAAAAAGUUCUUGCUCAACAAUUUCUUGAUAAUUAUCGAACAUUAGUAGAUCAACAUCAACAAAAUCAACCAUGUAAUUAUACAGUUGUCGAAGACAAACAUAAAAGAACAGAUGUAACAGUUGAUGAACAUUUUCGAAAAUCUCUCGGUUAUAAUUAUGAUAAAUUAAAUGGCGGAUUUUUAACACCAGAUAAUUCAUCAUCAAAUAGUUCACCAAUUGAUCGUACUCCAGCUGAAUCGAUUGAUGAACAUUUCGCUCGAUCACUCGGUAGAUUUUGGCCAUUAUCAACACCAUCGAAUGAAGAUAAUGCAUCAUCACUAACUGAAUCAGUUGUUGAUGAUCAUUUUGCUAAAGCUCUAGGUGCAAAAACAUGGGAAAAACUGAAAGAAAAAUCAUAA